AUGGACUCCGGGAAUGUGUUCGACAUAUACAGUGCCCCUGAUGCUCCUGAAGCUCCCUUGAGGAAGAAGAAAACGAGCAAGUGGCAUCCCGGGGAAAGUAGUAAAGCACCUUCGGCCAAGAAAACCCGUACUGCAGACCCUUUCGCAGACAGACCUUCAACAAAUGUAACACCUCCUCCCUCUCCUCUCAAGCAGCAAACUCCUCCUGCUCCUAACGAAUCGACACCUUCUCCACUAGCCCCAAUCGACCAGACUCAGCAGGUUGCUCCUGCUUCCACUCAGGGCGACAUAUCGAGUCGUGCCUUAAGAUCGGUCAAAGACAGGGUGGCCAAAAUUUUGAAACACAAACGUUGCCGAGAGGCCAUUCCUGUGACAGAGAUGAUGGAUGUCGACCAGAUCUUAACCCGCGCACUAAAUGAGUUUUCCAGUGCAAUGCUGACCCUUACUGCCAGCCGGCUCCGCUCGGAUGCUAUCACCAAGCAGUCCAGGGAUUCGGAGCAACGACACGUUGAAGAACUCAAAGCUGCCGAAGUGAAAUACGCUAAACAUCUUGAGGCAGUGCUUGAGGAGAAGAACAAACUGGCUGAGGAGUUAAGGGAGAAGCAGGCUGCUCUGGAUAAGGUCGUCGAGCAAAGAGACAAGUUCAAGGAGUCUAACCGCGUCAACUACCGCGAGGCUAAAAAGCUCAAGGAGGAAUUGACCGCGAGCAGACAGGAGACUACAACAUUGGAGGUCCGGAUCGAGAAGCUUGAAAAGCUAACGCCAGCAAUUUGGAAAGAUCCCUCUAAUGUUUCGAGUUACAAGAUGUUACAGCUAAAGCAGGACCUGAGUUAUGAUGAACAGCCAGAGCGUGUUAUUGAAAAGGGAAUCAAGGAACUGAGAUCCAAAAGGAUUCAAUUAGUUAAGGUCAUGUGGAAGAAUAGUACAGAACGAGAAGCAACAUGA